UUGUAAAUUGCUCUUUAUAAAAGGAGACUUCACAAAAUUUUCUCGCGUCAUUCUACUGGACUCAUUUGACUUGCCAAUUUUCAUCAUCACUAUCACUCCAAGCCCAAAAAGUUCCGGCCCAUGGACUCCUCCACCGUAGACGGCGGUGCAUCGCUUCCCUCUACCGGCACCGACGGUAAGAAACGCCGUGUCUCUUAUUUCUACGAGCCAACAAUCGGCGACUAUUACUACGGUCAAGGUCAUCCGAUGAAGCCUCACCGUAUUCGUAUGGCCCAUAAUCUCAUCGUCCACUAUUAUCUCCACCGGCGUAUGGAAAUCAGCCGUCCUUUUCCCGCCGGAGACGAUGAUAUCCGGAGGUUUCACUCGUCGGACUAUGUCGAUUUUCUCUCUUCCGUUUCGCCUGAGACGUUACAUGACCAUACACAUGCGCGGCAUCUGAAGAGGUUUAAUGUUGGUGAAGAUUGCCCGGUUUUUGAUGGACUUUUUGGGUUUUGUCAAGCGUCGGCUGGUGGAUCUAUUGGUGCGGCGGUUAAGCUGAAUAGGCAGGAUGCGGAUAUAGCGAUUAAUUGGGCUGGUGGAUUGCACCAUGCAAAGAAAAGUGAAGCUUCUGGAUUCUGUUAUGUGAAUGAUAUUGUUUUGGGUAUUCUCGAGCUGCUUAAAGUCCAUAAGCGUGUAUUGUAUAUAGACAUUGAUAUUCACCAUGGUGAUGGUGUUGAGGAGGCUUUUUUCACCACAGAUAGAGUCAUGACAGUGUCUUUUCAUAAGUUUGGGGACUUCUUUCCUGGUACGGGGCACAUCAAAGACAUUGGUGCAAAUCAAGGGAAGUACUAUGCCCUAAAUGUCCCAUUGAAUGAUGGAAUGGACGACGAAAGUUUCGGUAGACUAUUUCGUCCCACAAUACAAAAGGUCAUGGAGGUCUACCAACCUGAUGCUGUUGUUCUUCAAUGUGGGGCUGAUUCACUGGCUGGAGACAGGCUGGGUUGCUUCAACUUGUCUGUCAAGGGUCAUGCAGAUUGCCUUAGAUACCUCAGAUCCUUCAAUGUCCCUCUGAUGGUAUUGGGUGGUGGAGGUUAUACUAUAAGAAAUGUCGCUAGGUGCUGGUGCUAUGAGACAGCAGUUGCAGUUGGAGUAGAGCCUGAAAAUAAAUUGCCCUACAAUGAAUAUUAUGAGUAUUUUGGCCCAGAUUAUACUCUUCAUGUUGAACCAAAUCCCAUGGAGAAUCAAAAUUCACCUAGGGAUCUGGAAAAGAUCAGGAACAUAUUGCUUGAGCAACUUUCACAGUUACCUCAUGCUCCUAGUGUGCCAUUUCAAACCACUCCUUCUACAACAGAAGUUCCAGAGGAGAAAGAGGAAAAUAUGGAUCGAAGGCCAAAACCACGGAUAUGGAAUGGUGAAGGUUAUGAGUCUGAUGCUGAUGAAGAUGAGAAGCCUAGGCAACGAAGUUCAGAUAGUAAUCUUACUCCAGUAGAAUCAUCUGACAUGAGGGAUGUUGACAACCAAGCCAAUGGAGAUGACAUGGUUGAUGAUCAUUCCUAGUUCAAAGCUCUUCUACAUCAUCCCAAAUGCAAUGACUGAUAAUUUUUCUGGGUUGGAAGUACAAGCAAUGGUCUUUUGACCUUCUCCUCUUAUGAGCAGUUGUUCUUAUGUCGAAAACCGAGUUGUCGUACAUGGGAAAAGAUUAACAUUGUAGAUUGUAGUUGGGUUGGUUUUAGAUUAGUUUAAUGAGUUCAAUGCCUGAAGUGAGAGUGUAAUGCAGUCCUCGUAAAUGGACCGGUGCACCACUGUGCAGACGGAAUUUUUUUUUUAUGGAUACUGCUGAUAAGAUGCAAUCAUCUUUGUUCUGUGGAUUUAUCCAUGUACUUUUGAGUCAGCGAUAGUCUCAUUUCUUGU